AUGGGUCGUGGCAAAUUGGUUUUAGAGCUUAUCCCAAAAGAGAAAGCACGAAGAAUCACCUAUGAAAAGAGGAAGAAGGGCCUGAUGAAGAAAGCACAAGAGUUCACGACCUUGUGCGGUGUCAAUACAUGUAUGAUUAUCUAUGGCCCCGCUGGGACUGCCGCCGACACUGAGCCCGAGAUCUGGCCUGCAAGUCCCGAGAAGGUGAAGCUCGUCAUCGAACAGUACAAGAGCGAGGGGGCAGACCGCCGUGCCAAGAGGACAGUCGGUCUGCCUGAGUUCUUCGUGAAUCGGAAGAGGAAAGUUGAUGCCGAGCUCACCAAAGCCCGGCUAGCGAACUGGGAGGCCAAGUACCCAGUCUCGGAGGCGCUGAUUGAGGGCCUCUCCGAGGAAGAACUGAGGAGGCUGUUGGGUUCCCUCGGCCACAAGCUCGAGGCGGCCAAGACGAGGCUGGCCAUGAUGAAGGAAGACGCGAUGAAAAGAUAUGAUCAUCACAUACACGAUCAUGUGUAUCAUGGCUUGUUUCAGAACCAGAUUGUGCCAACCCCAAUGAAGCAGCCACCACUUGAUGUCAACCCAUUACAUCUAGACUUACCGUAUCAUAUGCAGCAACAACAACAAUCCAUGUUUGAUCCAGACUCUGUCAACUCUUCAAUCCAAUGCCCGAAGCACUGCCUCUGUGGCAAUGUCUUGCCUGGGCAGAACUUCCAGUUUGCCACCCUGGAGGGGAUAAUGCACUUGGAUACCUCGGCAUACAGCCCCAUUCCGGGCAACGUGUCUAUGGAGAGUACUCCAAGCAUUGGGGAGUGCUACAACGUACUGAUGGUCCAGCCAGCCCCGCCGUUCUCGGUGAUGCAGGGCGAUCUUAUCCUGACCCAGCUGAUGCAGUCUCCCUCAAAGGGCAAUAAUCAGUUUCAUGAUUAUCACACAAGCCUCCGAGCAAGAAGAUCAGAGUGUCUUAGUUACUGCUUUUGA